AUGGACCUUAUUGCUGAGCCAAAUUUGAAGGAGUUGAUCAACUCCACCACUCACAAAUGGAUUUUUGUUGGCGGAAAAGGUGGUGUGGGAAAGACAACAUCUUCUUGCUCGAUUUCAAUCCAAAUGGCUCUGGCGCAGCCAAAGAAACAGUUUCUACUUAUUUCGACAGACCCAGCGCAUAACUUGAGUGACGCGUUUGGGGAGAAAUUCGGCAAGGACGCCAGAAAAGUGACCGGGAUGGACAACCUUUCAUGUAUGGAAAUUGAUCCAUCUGCUGCCUUGAAAGACAUGAACGACAUGUCUGUUGCGCAAAACGACAAGAACGACGGUUUUAGUGAUCUUCUACAAGGCGGUGGCUUAGCUGAGUUAACUGGGUCAAUUCCGGGCAUUGAUGAGGCCCUCUCGUUUAUGGAAGUGAUGAAGCAUAUUAAAAGACAGGAAGAAGGAGAAGGCGAAAAGUACGACACUGUGAUUUUUGACACAGCUCCAACGGGACACACCUUGCGUUUCCUACAACUACCACAGACACUUUCGCAGCUUCUGCAAAAGUUUGGUGAGAUAGCAGGCCGAUUCGGUCCUAUGCUGAACUCGCUCACCGGUGGCGGCCAGAACAUGGAUAUCAUGGGAAAAGUGGAUGAGCUUAAAGCGAACGUUGAAAAGAUAAGAGAGCAGUUCACUAACCCUGACAUGACCACUUUCGUUUGUGUUUGCAUUAGUGAGUUCCUGUCUCUGUACGAAACAGAGCGUCUCAUUCAAGAACUGAUGUCAUACGAGAUGGACGUGAACUCGAUUAUUGUUAAUCAGCUGCUUUUUGCUGACGACGAUGCUGAACACAACUGCAGAAGAUGCCAAGCCAGAUGGAACAUGCAAAAGAAAUACCUGGACCAAAUUGGUGAACUUUACGACGACUUCCACGUCGUGAAGAUGCCCUUGUGUGCUGGAGAAAUUAGAGGCUUGAACAACCUGAAGAAGUUUUCUCAGUUUUUGAACAAAGAGUACGAUCCCGUGGCUGAUAACAAGAUCAUUUACGAGCUCGAGGAGCAAAAAUGA